CAAUAACGUCACGACUGCAGCCUUUCCAUUUCAUCGUUUUAUGCUGUUUUAUCCAUUUGUGCUCUGGAUUUUCUAGAAACGUGGAUCUGGUUGUGAGUUGGAUCUGUGGGAUAGGCAUAUUUGAACUGUGAAUGCUGGCUGGAGAAGAAACAGGAGAAGAAUGGCAGUCAAUUUGAGUAAGAAUGGCUCUGCACUCAUGGCUGCUUAUAAAGAGGUGAUAGACGCCAAGGCAGAUACAAACUGGGCCCUGUUCACUUACGAAGGGAACAGCAAUGCUAUUCGCCUGGCAGAGAAAGGAGACGGUGGAUUAGAGGAGAUGGUAGAGGAGCUGAGCAGUGGGAAGGUGAUGUACGCUUUCUGUCGUGUCCAAGACCCAAAUUCUGGUCUGCCAAAAUACGUCCUCAUAAACUGGACAGGUGAAGGAGUGAAAGACUCUCGGAAAGGCAUAUGUGCCAAUCAUUUGAGCUCCAUUGCCAACUUCCUGAAGGGAGCUCAUGUGACCAUAAAUGCUCGGGCAGAGGAGGAUGUGGAUCCACAGACUAUCUUGACUAAAGUGGCCAAAGCAUCAGGGGCCAACUUUAAUUUUCACAAAGAGAGAGAAACACAGGAAUACAGAGAUGUACCCAGAGGCCCUGUGGGUUCAGUGUACCAGAAAACCAACGCAGUGGAAGAGAUUCAGAGAACCGACAAGGACAGCUUCUGGGCCCAAGCUCAGAGGGAUGAGGAAGUCCGGCGACAGGAGGAGACCAAAAGAGCGGAGCAGGAGAGGCAAAAGGUGGAGAGAGAAAGAAAAGAGGCAGAUCAAAGACAGGCGGCGGAAAGAGAAAGAGCAGCCAGGGAAAGAGCCUUGCAGAUUGACCAGAAUAAGAGCUAUCAGAAGCAGCUAGAGGCAGAAGAAAGAGAGCGAGAGCAGCAGCGAUUGGAGCAGCAGCACCAGAAGAACUCGCAGAAAGCAAGCAUUCAAUUUGCUGCGUCAGUGCAGAAAGCUAAGGAGGCAGAAUCGCUGAUAUCUCAGAGGUCAUUUAAUCCCAGAGACGUAUUUAAGCAGAAAGAGCAGCCCUCUGGUCUCAACAGUGGACGAUCUCCCGCCACAACCAGACCUGGGAAACUGCAGAGCCCAUUUCUGUCUCAGAAAUCUCAGGACAGAGAAAUCCCAGGGGAGCCAGAGUUUCCUCGACCAUCUGCUCCUGUUCCACCUUUGGCCCCCCCUUCACCCAUUGAACCAACAUGCCCAGUCCCCUCUGCCUCAGCUGACAGGUCGUACUCACCUGCUGCAGCUGCUUCUCCUGAAGUACCAGAGACACCGGCCUCACCUGUCCAGGCUGCAGAUGGUGCUUACCAAGAGGAGGAGUACUGGUCUGAUGAAUUUGAUGAUGAUGCAGAAGAUGCUACGCUAGAGGAAUCACCUGGUCAAGAGGAGGCAUAUGAGGCACCACUAUCACCUAGGACAGAGGAGGAUCUGUAUGAGGAAGUCAACAUGGAUACCCCCGCAGUGGAAGAGCACGGGGCAGAGUCCAGUGAGCAGGGCGUCUGUGCCAGGGCUCUCUAUGACUACCAGGCUGUGGACAACACUGAGAUCACCUUUGACCCUGAAGACAUCAUCACCGGGAUAGAGAUGGUGGAUGAGGGCUGGUGGAGGGGUUUUGCACCUGAUGGACACUAUGGCAUGUUUCCAGCCAAUUAUGUUGAGCUUCUCUAACUGUUUCUGCUCCUGGUUAUGCUCUCAAAAUACCGGUGGUCUACUUCAUAGGACAAAUUAAAUAACAUUCAGUGGCAUAACCUAAACUGGUGAUGAUGGGAAAUACACGUAUUGUGCUUAAUAUUAAUGUCAAAUAAAAUGUGUCUUCUGUGGCUUUGCCUUA